AUGUUCGCCAAGAAACACACCAAGACACACUCGACAUACGCGUUCGAAAGCAACACGAGCAACGUUGCUGCGUCUCAGAUGCGCAAUGCGCUGAACAAGCUUUCGGAUUCUGUCGAGGAUGCAGAAAAGCGUGCGAAACUUGAAAACGAGCUGGACUCCUUUUUCACGCUUUUCAGACGGUACUUGGUUGAAAAGGCGUCUGGAACUACCCUUGACUGGGACAAGAUCCGGUCUCCAAACCCAGAUGAAGUGGUUGAUUACUCUACGAUCCAGCAACAACCGGCGAAUGUCGCGAACUUGGCGAAAUUGGCCGUGUUGAAAUUGAAUGGUGGGCUGGGGACCUCCAUGGGGUGUGUAGGACCCAAAUCUGUCAUUGAAGUUCGGGAUGGAAACACGUUUUUGGACUUGUCGGUACGUCAGAUCGAAUUUCUGAACAGACAAUACGACAGCGACGUUCCACUGUUGCUGAUGAACUCGUUUAACACGGACUCGGACACAGAGCACCUGAUCAAGAAGUACACUGCGAACCGUAUUCGCAUCAGAUCCUUCAACCAGUCGCGGUACCCUCGUGUUUUCAAGGACUCAAUGUUGCCCGUUCCUUCCGAUUAUGAGGACGAUUUGGACGCUUGGUACCCUCCCGGCCACGGUGACUUGUUCGAGGCGUUGCAUGCUUCGGGAGAACUGGAUGCUCUAUUGGCGAGUGGCAGAGAAAUCGUGUUUGUGUCGAACGGUGACAAUUUGGGUGCCACCGUGGAUCUCAAGAUUUUGAACCACAUGAUCGAAACCGGUGCCGAAUAUAUCAUGGAACUUACCGACAAGACCAGAGCAGACGUGAAAGGUGGCACUUUGAUCUCUUACGAUGGUCAAGUGCGUCUUUUGGAAGUGGCCCAAGUGCCUAAGGAACACGUGGACGAGUUCAAGAAUAUCCGGAAGUUCAAAAACUUCAACACCAACAACUUGUGGAUCAACUUGAGAGCCGUUAAAAGACUUGUAGAAUCGAGCUCCUUACAAAUGGAAAUCAUCCCAAACCAAAAGACAAUUGUCAGAGGCGGUCACGACAUAAACGUGCUGCAAUUGGAAACCGCAUGCGGUGCCGCUAUAAGACACUUUAAAGGUGCGCAUGGCGUGGUAGUCCCCAGAUCGCGUUUCUUGCCUGUCAAGACUUGCUCCGACUUGUUGCUAGUCAAAUCCGAUUUGUUUUGUUUGGAGCACGGCGCUUUGAAACUCGACCCAUCCAGAUUUGGUCCCAACCCUUUGAUCAAGUUGGGUUCUCAUUUCAAGAAAGUUUCGGGUUUCAAUUUGCGUAUCCCACAUAUCCCGAAAAUCGUUGAACUCGAUCAUUUGACCAUCACGGGGAAUGUAUUUUUGGGUAAAGGUGUUACUCUUAAGGGUACUGUUAUCAUUGUUUGUUCCGAUGGUCAAAAAAUCGAUAUUCCUAAUGGCUCUGUUUUAGAAAACGUUGUUGUCACUGGUAAUUUACAAAUCUUGGAGCACUAA